GAGGAGGAGGACAGAUCGGAGGCAGUUGAGAGGAUGCUGCGCUGACAUGCGGACCAUCCCCGCAUCCUGACCGCGACGGUUUUCAUUUCGUCCUCCUUCCCACCGACUUGACCGCACAUCCAGGAGCUUCCCCGUUCCUCCCUCACCUCCUCCGGUCUCCUCCUCUGAUCUCCUCCUCCGCUCCUCCUCUGCUCCGGACCGGACCGGACCUUCCGGAGCUUCCGUCGCCAUGCCACCGGCCGCCCGCUCCGUCGGGUACCGACUCCGCAACACCUUGCCCGCCGCGGUGCUGUGGCUCGGGCUGCUGUGGAGCAGCGUCUCCGCAGAAGAUAAGGACGCCCCCCCCACGGGCCUCCCCUCCAGCCCGUCUGCAGAGGUGGCAGCAGGAAGCCCCACGCCUGCUCUCAGCCUCCGUCCUUCCCCGGGGAGUCACAGCGGAGCAUCAGCUGCAGCGUCAGGUCCGUCAGGCGUCCGUCCAACUCGUCCUCCCACGGACCCACAGACACACAACCCCCCAGAGCAGGAGGCUGAGGACGCCACGGGGGACACCACGGUGGACACCACCCUGGACCUGGACUCAGAGACACCUACACCAGCUGUGUCCGGCUGCAUGGUGAAUUUCUCGGACCCGGAGGGAUACAUCGACUCCUCGGACGACCCCCCUCUGCCCGACGGCGCCCUCCUGCACUGCACCUACACCGUCACCGUGUACACCGGCUACGGAGUAGAGCUCCAGGUGAAGAGCGUGAACCUGUCCGAGGGCGAGCAGCUUUCUAUCAGGGGAGUGGAUGAACGAGGAGCUCUGCUGGUUCUGGCCAAUCACACGCUGCUGGUGGAGGGUCAGGUGAUCCGUAGUCCCACCAACACGCUGUCCGUCUACUACCGCUCCGCCCCCGAGGGAUCCAUGGGCAUCUUCCAGCUGCACUACCAGAUCUUCAGGCUGAGCUGCUCGCUGCCUAAGAGGCCUCACUUCGGGGAGGUGUCGGUGCUGGACCUGCUCCCUGGGGGCACCGCCCGCUUCCACUGCCACAUGGGUUACCACCUGCAGGGGGAGCCACUGCUCACCUGCAUCAACGCCUCCCUGCCGGUGUGGAACGGCAAAGAGCCCAGCUGCAGGGCUCUCUGUGGGGGGACGGUGAAGAACGCUACAGUCGGGCGGGUGCUGUCUCCUUCCCCCCAUCACGGCCCCAACGCCACCCUGGACCGAUCCUGCUCCUGGUCCCUGGAGGCGCCCAAGGACCAGAGGCUGCACCUCCACCUGGAGAGACUGUCCCUGGGGCCGACGGACAGGCUGGUGCUGUGGAGCGGCCUGGACGCCGGCUCCGUGGUGCUGUUCGACUCGGGCCGGGGGGGUCAGAUCCCCUUCGAGGGGGUGAUCAGCGAGGGCCCGGCCGUGAGGAUCCAGUUCAUCACCGACCAGCCCAACCACAACACGGGAUUCAACAUCCGCUACGAAGCGUUUGAGCGAGGCCACUGCUACGAGCCGUACCUCCAGAACGGGAACUUCACGUCCUCAGACCCUCUGUACGGAGUCGGGGCCGUGGUCCAGUUCUCCUGUGACCCGGGACACUCUCUGGAGCAAGGCCCCCCCGUCAUCGAGUGCAUCAGCGCCAGGGACCCGUACUGGAACGACACCGAGCCGCUCUGCAAAGCCCAGUGUGGGGGGGACCUGUCUGGACCUGGGGGGGUGAUCCUGUCUCCGAACUGGCCCGAGUGGUACGGAGAGGGGGAGGACUGCAGCUGGAGGAUUCACGUCGGAGAAGACAAACGAGUUCUACUCGAUGUUCAACUACUGAACAUCAGCGACAGCGACAUGUUGUCCAUCAUCGACGGCGACGAGGUCACGACCAGGAUCCUGGGGCGCUACGCUGGGGGCAGCAGCCCCUUCAAGCUCUCCUCCACCACCCCCGACCUGACCGUCACCUUCCACUCCGACCCGGCGGGACUCGUCUUCGGCAAAGGAGAAGGUUUCAUCAUCAACUACAUGGAGGUGUCCCGUAAUGACUCCUGUCCGGACCUCCCUGAGAUCCAGAACGGCUGGAAGACCACGUCCCACGUGGCCCUGGUCCGAGGGGCCAGGAUCACCUACCAGUGUGACCCCGGCUACGACCUGGUGGGACGGGAGACGCUCACCUGUCAGCUGGACCUGUCCUGGAGCUCCCAGCCGCCCUUCUGCGAAAAGAUCAUGUACUGCUCAGACCCGGGCCACGUGGACCACUCCACCCGGUCCCUGUCCGACCCCAAGCUCCUGGUGGGGACGACCAUCCAGUACAGCUGCAACCCCGGCUUCAUCCUGCAGGGCGGCGCCACCAUCACCUGCUACGGCCGCGAGCCGGGGACGCCUGUGUGGACGUCACGGCUGCCUCACUGCGUCACCGAGGAGUCGGUUUCCUGUGAGAACCCCGGUCUCCCUGACAACGGCUACCAGAUCCUGUCCAAGAGGCUGUACCUGCCCGGCGAGUCGCUCACCUUCGUCUGUUACCAAGGUUACGAGCUCAUAGGAGAAGUUGCCAUUAAGUGCAUCCUCGGAAACCCGUCGUUUUGGAGCGGCCCCCUUCCUCUGUGCAGGGCCAACCAUGACUGCUUUGGCAACCAUGCUUUGGAAGUUGCGGAGGCGACCGCUGGUUCUCCUCUGGAUGGAGGCAACAUCGCUCUGGCCGUCUUCAUCCUGGUGCUGCUGCUGUCUGUGCUGCUGGGCGGAGCCUACGUCUACGUCACACGCUGCAGGUAUCACUCCAACCUGAGGCUUCCUCUCAUCUACCCCCACCCCUACCGACAGAUCACCGUGGAGACGGAGUUUGACAACCCUCUCUACGAGACAGGAGGAGACACUCGUGAAUACGAAGUAUCGAUAUGAGAAGAAACUCAAAGAGACAUUUCUGAACCUGUCCCAGCUCUUCAUCCUCCCCCAUCCUCCCCCCCUCCCUCCCUCCCUCCCUCCCUCCUCCACCCUGCAGGAGGAGGAGGAGGAGGAGGAGGAGGAGGAGGAGGAGGCGAUGUAAAUACAGAUAAUGAUGUCCGAGCCCCUUCUGCAGCGAGACGCAGAGAUCGAUCCUGUUCUCUCCUCCUUUCUAUUUAUUUAUUUUUUAUUUUAGACCUGACGGGAAACAGGAGACAACAAAGAGAGGAGGACGACAGGAGACGGAGGGUGAGAAGGGAGGAGACGCGAGUGGACGGAGAUGAGGAGGAGUCGGGACAGGAGUCAGUGUGAGGACUGAUGUGGAGGAGGAGGAGGAGGAGGUCGACACACUUUAGAGGAAUCAUGACAUGGGAACCACAAUAUUUAAAGUCUGUCACCACGUCUCUGUGUGAACUGGUCCAUCAUCGCUUCACUGGAAUCACAGUAUGAAAAUAUGAUGCGUUUCUGUCCAAAACUAAGAGCAACUUUGACCAAACUUAAUGAAAAACUGCAAAAGGUCUAAUGUGAAAUGAUUCUCAUCAGAACGUGAGUCUGAACCCUGUGGAUUUCAUGAUGAGGCGUAAAUGCAUCUGUAUUAACCUCUGUAUGCGACAUGCUAACUCCGUAACUACGUUUCCACUCCACGGCCCUCAGACGUGUUUCAUCACGUCACUGUUCCUCUAAAUUUCGCCUCAGAUGAUUUGAUAAUAGAGCAGGUUUUAAUUCACUGAGUUAGAAACUAGAGCGACUUUUAAUCCUAUUCCAUCAGUUUGAUUGGAGUCUAUCGAAGCUAGCAACGCUAAUCACUCACAGUCUGCCUACGAUCCCUUAAGCUGAAACAUAGACUGUAUAUAAAUAUGGAACAACUCCUCUAAAGUGAAGCCUGGUGUCUGGUUGCAGUAUGGGUCAUAAGCUCCGCCCCCUCCAUGUUAGUGGGCGGGGCUAAAACACUAAAAUUCACAUCAAAUAAUAUUUUUUCAAGGAUGGUUUCUGUCAUUUUUUUAGAUAAUUAAUAUUAUGUUGAUGGAAGUGUCAAUUUUUUUUGGAUAAGUUUCAUUUGAGCUAUUUGAUGCUAUAGAAACAGGAUGUGACAUAAUGGCGACUACCAGUUGCUACGCCAACCGCUCCAUAAAGAGGUCCCAUUGGACCAAAACUGUUUUUAAAAAUAAGUUCAGUGAAUGAUUCAAUAUUUCCUUGUGGCUGGUGAGGCUUGUCAGGUUGAGCAAACAAAAACAAGAGUGAGUCUGGAGGGAGCUCCGCCCUCAUCGUAGCUCCGCCCUCAGACCGUAUGGACCAGUCUAUGAACAACUGGAUUUCCAUUUAAUAAAUCUACUAAAAAGAAGAAAAAAUCACAGUAGCUUUCAAAUACACGUGCCAAUGGCAACUGUCAAUCAUCAUGAUGUCACAUCCUGUUUCUAUAUCAUCACAUAUUUAAAUAAAAUUUAACUUCCCAGAAAAACAAACAUGAGCAUUAUAUUAACUACCUAAAAAGAUUAAAAGAUAGAAAAAAUAAAUGUUUCCUCCUUCAGAGUAUUCCAUCCACUAAUAUGGAUAAUAUGGAGUGGGCGGGCUUAUUAUAUGACCUAUCCUGCAGCCAGCCACCAGGGGGAGCUCCACAUGCUCAAGGCUUCUCUUUAAGAGGAGCCGUCAUGAUCUUUUCUCAUGCAGGUCUGUGCAUUAGCCUAAAUAUCUCAAUAAAAACUGGUGAUGGAAACGCCCACAUUUCUAAAAACCUCUCAGAUAUUUAAGCUAAAACACUUUCACGCUCUCAUGAGGUGGUUUUUACAGACGUAUCCAUAUAAAAGUUUGUCUCAAAAGUGCAAUGGAAACACUUUUUUGUCCAUCUUCCUCAAAGCGAAGUCUCUCUGGCGUGAUGAGAAUUUAAGAGAAUUAUGGGAUAUCAAGCAAAGACGAGACUUUACUUUAUAGACAUUUCGGAAAUAUCGCUUUUAUUUUGCAGCUGCAGGAGAUUUCUUUCAUUUUCUUUUUCUUUUUUUUUCAUUGCAGCAUCGCCUGUGGCUGCACUUGCUGUUGCCAUGGCGACCACAGGUGUUGCUAACUCUGGAUGGUUGGUAGAUUCUUUUUUUUUUUUUUGUAAAGGUUUCCAUCCUCUUCCAUCGUGAGUCACCCCCCCACCCCCCCACCCCCACUCCACUGAUUUAAACAGGAAAGGAAAAUGACGACUUCUUGACUUCCCCCCUCGCCGGACAUCGUCUCCGAGCCCCCGACCCUCUUCACCUGCAGUCGCCUUCCAGCCUCUUUCCUCCAGCCGGUCCACCCCUGGCUGUAGCUGUAGUCGUACUUAAACCCGUGACCCCGGGGCCGGUGCAGUGCUGUUGUCUUAUUCCUCACGUAGUUAGAUUGAUGGACUGUCGUAGGCCGGCCCCGGGGCCCCCAGGUCUGGACCCGGGUCCAGGAUUAAAGAGGAAGGCGUGGGUCGUAGCUGUGGUCGAUCUCCUGAGUGCAAGCUCAGUCAACCCACCAGAUGAUGUAUUUAUUUUGACGUACUUGUACAUGUGACGUUUUAUGCAGAUUGAUAAAUAAAUGUACAUUUUCAUUAUGAGAAAGACAAAUGUUAACAGUUUCCCUAAAUAAACGGUAAAACUCCAAUAAAAAGUACAAAAGAUUCUUUCUAAACA